AUGGAGAAACCCGGUGAGUUUGAUUUUGUCAUUCGAGACCUUGCUAUAUCUCGCAACGGGGAUUUGUUCCUCUCCUGCUUUGAAUCCCGUUGCAUUAAACGUUUGCGUUUAAAUGGAACUCUUGAAACUUACUUUAAUGCCUCUCCACUGCAUCCACAAGGAAUACAUAUGAGUAGAAGUGGUGUCUUACUAGCUUGCCUCGUGGAUUCUCCCAGCACUGAUGGAAGACAAAUCCGACCCUACAGCAAACGUCAGCUUGUCAAGAUCACCAAGUCAGGAAAAGUGAUGAAGCGCCUAGCCUUCAGUAUAGACGCCCGCCUCUUCACAUCACCAGUAAAGGUAGCAGAAACCGUCGAGGAAGAAAUAUGCGUCAUCGACAAAACAGCAAAAGACAGAGGACGAGUUGUCGUAUUCACACGUAACGAUCAAAUCAAGUUCAUCUAUACCGGACCACUUGGCCUGAAGAUGGACUUUAUGUUCAGUCCUACAGACAUAACUUGCGAUGUUUACGGUCACGUGAUCGUGACUGAUGCAAACAACAAUGCAAUUCACAUGCUCGACAAGUAUGGCGAGGUAUUGAAAGUUCACCAGAUGGGAAGGGACUGGAUCGAUGUGCCUCACUCAGUGGUGGCGGACCACAAAGGCUCAAUGAUUAUUGGGGACUCGGCGGGUGUAGUGCAUGUCAUCAAAUAUCUCAAGUAG